GUCACAGUAUAACCAAUAUGUACAGUAACUUUGGAGAGGAUUUCUUCUUCACAGCAAAAGUUAUGGAGGGGUACAAAAUUUAUCAGGCUGUGUGGCAUCGGCUGCCAAAUUGUGUGCACCCCCCAUCAAUAAUGCACAUUGGCAGAGCUUUUCUUUGUAAAUAAAUAAAAUUUAAAACAACAUUUAAAUAUAUAUAUAUAUAUCGUCUUUGUAAGUCACAGGGCUUUUCAAAAUUUUGCAAGUUAGUUUUGGCCAACCUUUCGUAGGCCUACUUGACUCCGACAUUGUCAAAUUUUUCCAAAAUCUCUGGUCACGUGGGUUUUCCUCAUCAAUUAUGCAAAUUAGCUCACGUUGUGCGCACGAACCGAAAAACAGAGUGGCUCUGAACUAACUAGAAGAUUACUUUACAAUUUGUUUUCGAAAAUAACAAACACCACAAGAGGAUGGAACCAGACGAGUACAAGAUUUUGGUUGCAUAUAAACUGAAAGGCGAGUAUCCAGCGCUUUUCACGAAGAAAGAGAAGUUUCUUCUCCGAAGAAAAGCUGCUAUUUACGACAUUGAAGGUAAUAACAGCAACUUCGUAGCGUUUAUAAAUGUCAUCAAUACAUAUAUAUUAACACAUAUACAAUGGCAUAAUGCGUAGUCUUAAUUUGCACUAACCGAUUUAAUUAGCUUGACCUUUCUUUGACCUAGUUAACCUCAGUUAAUAGGCACAUGGGCGUUUAUUAAAGUAAAAGUUUUAAGGUUUGCUAUUAAGUAGACAGCGUUAACUAAGAACUGUUUUCGUCCUUUUAUAGCUUAACUACAAUAUAUUACGUCGUAAUUACUUUUGGAGUGGUAUGUGCCACACCCUUUUACGCAGGUGUACCCACUGUUAUGUCUUUAUGUCUUUAAAUUACAUAUGUGGAAAAUUACUGACAGCAGGAAAUGUGGAAUUAAACUACUUUGAAUUGAUAUUUGUAUUAAAAAUAACUCCAUGAUAUCUGAAGGCCAUUAGUUAUAAUGACUUUGCACAUCCAUCACUUUUUUUAGUAUCACUAAUACAGUCUUGUGUGUGGCAUAAUCUUUUUGGCUUCUGAAGCUGAUGAGGCAAACACAAUUUUUUCAGAUUUUCAUGCCAGUCCUACUGGGGCCCAUUGCGGGCAAACAAAAACAAGAGAAGCCAUUUCAAAGCGGUUCUACUGGCCAGGGAUGUCAGUGGACAUCAAUAAUUGGGUUUCCCAGUGUGCACUUUGCCAGGCAAGUGCUGCAACAAUUAAAAAACCAGCGGAAUACAUUCCAAUAAAGGUCUCUCAGCCAUUUGAACUGGUUGGGAUGGACCUUAUUGGAAAACUUACUGAAACCAACAAUGGACAUCAAUACAUAUGUGUUUUUAUUGAUUAUUUUACAAAAUGGCCACAAGCAUACCCUUUAAAGUCAAAAUCAGCCGGGGAAGUGACAAACUGUCUCAUAAAAUUUGUCCACCAGUUCGAAGCCCCCAAAAGGAUUCUUACUGACCAAGGCAAAGAAUUUGUCAAUUCUCUCAACAAAAGGGUUUGCGGAUUGUUAAAAAUUAAAAGAAGCCUCUGCUCCCCCUAUCACCCACAAACAAAUGGGCUGGUGGAGAAAAUGAAUGGCACCAUCCAGAGAGCCCUGUGCAAAGUUGUUGGCGACCAUCCAGAAAUGUGGGAUGAGUAUCUGGAUGCUGUAAUGUUUGGAAUCAGAACUAAAAAGCAAGUGACCACCAAAUACUCACCUUAUUACCUAAUGUUUGGCAGAGAGGCUCGCUAUCCUUCCGAAAUCCCAGAAGAGUUCAUGGUUGAUGAGAGUGUGGAAGACAUUGUGGGGCAGGAGGAGCUGUCGGAAGACAUUCAAAAGCACCAAAAGCUGUUGGAACUGGUGAAGGACAAUGUGGUCAAAGCUCAGGAAAAAACAAAGGGCAAAAUAAAAAUGAUGAAAAGAGAUGUCGUCUUCAAAGUUGGUGACAAAGUUUUAAGAGCUAACAUAAGAAGCCAGCAGAGGAAAGGGGGAAAACUUGAAGCAAACUUUUUAGGCCCUUACAUUAUUACAGCAAUCCAAGGCAAAAGUGCAGAUCUUCAGGAUUCCAAUGGGACAAUAAUUCCAAAAGUAAAUAUUGACCAACUAAAGUUAAGCAAAGACAGCAUGCCAAGAGUGCCACACCGGGGUUCAAAGAAAACAGCAGCCACAUUACUAACAGCACAACCAGGUCCAGCAGCACCAGUGGCGGUAGCACCACCACCACCUCCUCCUAGAGCUACUCAGGCUACAGCACCAAUGGCAUCACUUGCAUCACUACCAGUUCAAACACAACAUCCAUCUCCAGUUCCACAAGGUAUAGCAACAACGAUAUCAGAUCCAGAGUCAGGAGCAACAGCACAGAAAGAGAACGAACCACCAGAACCAGCCACAAGUGCUACAGCACCAGAACACGCUACAGCUCUACAAACCAAAUCCCAAACAGCAGCAGAGCCAGCCUCACAGACCAUAACAGCAGACCCAGCCUCACAGACCAUAACAGCAGACCCAGCCUCACAGACCACAACAGCAGACCCAGCCUCACAGACCAUAACAGCAGACCCAGCCUCAAAGACCAUAACAGCAGACCCAGCCUCACAGACCAUAACAGCAGACCCAGCCUCACAGACCACAGCUCCAAAUGCAACAACCACACAAGCCUCAGCUCCACAGAUUACAGCCCAGCAAUCUACAGCACAAUCCAUGGAAGCAACAGUUCCACUUGUGACACCAGCCCCAGCAACAGCCGCACAAGCUAGCCCUGCACCACCUCCAGCAUCACCACCUCAAAGAUACACUGAACCUGUUGCAGAGAAAUAUAUAAUGGAUGCCUGGGCUGGAAAGAGUCCUCAUGUUCUACUCUCAAAAAUUGGUGCUUACAAAUUAUUCUACUGGGAUAUUCAACAAAUUGGUCCGGACAUGGAGUUGGAAAGUGAGUCUAUUAAUGCAUAUCUUGCGAUCAUGGUGAGACAAUGCAAUCGCCAUAAUUCAGCAAAAGCAGCAUUCAUUGAUUCAUUUUCAAUGACAGCCAUUUGGAAGAGAAAAGCUCCAAGACUCAAGAUCAAACCCAUGGAGCAUGAAGUGAUUCUGGGAAUUGUAAAUGAACAUCAUCACUGGACAUUAGUGGUCAUUUACCCACAAGAAAAGAAGUCGCUGUAUCUUGAUCCACUCGGAGAAACUAAACAAGGUAUCCAAAAUUGUUUGGAAUCAACAAGGGAAUUCAUGCGAAAAAAAGGAUGCAACGUCUCAAGAUGGACUUGUGACACAGUCAAACACCCAAAACAAGUGGACGCUGCCUCAUGUGGAGUCUUUGCAUUGAAAUUUGCUGAAAAGAUCUUGCGAAAAGAGUCAAUAGACUUUCCGUCUACAAAAAAGGCCAUAAACACACACAGGCUGCAAAUUGCCACCACUCUCCUCCUAGAGACAGAUGACCUGACAAACAUCUGUCAUUUCUGCGGGGAAGAAGAGCAUGAAACUGACAAUAAAUGGAUUCAGUGUGAGAAGUGUUUGAGGUGGUUCCACCAGCUCUGCUUGAAAAGCCCACCACCAGAAGACGUGUUUAUUUGUUUCGCAUGUACAUAGUUGACACUAAAGGUGCACAGCUAGUGUUCUUAUGGCACACAUUGUUGAGAACACACAUAUCUACAUAUAUAGAUGUAGAUGUUAAAUUAAGAAGUCUAAAAAAAGAAAUUGGUCUCCAAAGUUUCUGUAGUUAUUAGUUACACUGUAAUUUAUUUUGCAAAUAAACUCUUUCGUGAUAGCAA